AUCGUGAAGCCGUACGUGGUGAGCACCGCCCGUGAGAAGGUGUGGGCGUGCGCUGCCGGGCUGUCUCGCUCAGCAUCGCUGCCCACCUGCCUCCCUGCUGCCAGCGUCCUCGUCCUUGGGAGCAGGCACUGGGUGCAGGUGCUGGAGCAAGAUGUGGUUCUCCAGUCCAUUGACCGCGCCAUUGAGGCCGUGCACAAUGCAGCCAUGAAGAAUGGGGGCAAGUACAACCUGGAGCAGAGAGAUGUCCUCCAAAAACUGAUCCAUCACCGGAAGGAGACCGUGUCCCGCAAAGGUCACUCCCCCACCCCGCAGGGGAUGGUUAUGACACAGUCCUCCAGCGAUCACCACCUGGAUGUGGCACGGCAGCCCAACGGCGUGUGCCGGACCGGAUACGAGCGACAUCACAGUCUUCCAAACACCGAGUUUGAGGAGGAGGAUGAGGGUCUUUAUCAGAUCCCACCACAGCCCCGGCGUGCUGCUCCUGUCACGCCCCCACCUCCAGAGAAGCGCAAGAACGCACAGAUUGCUGCUCCUGUUAAAAACUCUGUUGAAAUUAUCCCUGGGUCAGCUUCUAGUGCCUCCUCUAUAAGCACGACCUCCCUCGAUACCUUGUACACUGCUUCUUCACCGCCCCCCCCACCAGCCCCCCCCAGCCCCGCCAACCCCCCCCCCCCUGUCCCGAGCCGGAGCGUCCACACCACCAUAACGCGCAAUUUGGACGCCGGCUCGAUGACCCACUCCCGCUACGGGACUUCCCCAAAGGAUGGGUCCAGCAAAUCUCCCCAGGCCAAGAGGUCUGCCCCGGCAACGCCGGCAGAAGAAGGGACCCAGAGGUCCCAUGCUGUGGAUGGGGAGAAGAGUUCUCAGGUGAAGAAAGCUGCUCCAGCCCCCCCUGCAAGCCUGGAUGCCUUCAGCUCCCUCUGCCUGGAGGAUAAGAAGGCGGCUGCGGUGGAGCCAGUGCCACCAGAACCCAGCGGUCUGGCAGCGUCUGUCCCCAAGACAAUAGGUGCUGAACUGAUCGAGCUGGUGCGCAGGAACACCCACCUCAGCUACGAGCUGUCCCGCGUGGCCAUCGGCGUGGUCAUCGGCCACAUCCAGACCUCCAUUCCAGCAACCAGCAGCAUCAUGGAGCAGAUUCUCAUCUCCGUGGGGGAGAGGAAGAAUCUGAGUGCAGGACUGCCCUCGGGACAGAUCUGCCACGAUGAGCAGCGGCUGGAGGUGAUCUUCGCAGAUCUGGCCAGGCACAAGGACGAUGCUCAGCAGCGCAGCUGGGCGCUCUACGAGGAUGAGAAUGUUAUCUGCUGCUACCUGGAGGAGCUGCUUCGCAUCCUGACAGAUGCAGACCCAGAAGUUUGCAAGAAAAUGUGCAAGAAAAAUGAGUUUGAGUCCGUCCUGUCCCUUGUGGCAUAUUAUCAGAUGGAACACAGGGUGCCAUUACGGCUACUGCUGUUGAAGUGCUUUGGAGCCAUGUGCAACUUGGAUGCUGCAGUCAUCUCGACACUGGUAAACUCUGUGCUGCCGAUGGAGCUGGCCCGAGACAUGCAGACUCACACACAAGAUCAUCAAAAGAUGUGCUACUCUGCACUGGUGCUGGCCAUGAUGUUCUCCAUGGGGGAGCCCCUGCCAUAUCAUCACUAUGAACAUCUCAACUCUCAGUUUGUGCAGUUCCUUCUGGACGUGAUUGAGGAUGGGCUGCCCUCAGACACCACCGACCAGCUGCCUGACUUAUUUGUCAACGUCCUUCUGGCCUUCAAUCUCCACAUUCCAGUUCCAGAACACAGCGUGAUCAUGACUACAAUAAGCAAGCACUCGAAUGUCAAGACUUUCACAGAAAAGCUGCUGCUGCUGCUGAACAGGGGAGAUGAUCCAGUUUGUAUCUUCAAGCAUCAGCCUCAGCCACCACAUUCAGUGCUGAAGUUUCUGCAGGACAUCUUUGCCAGCAAGGAUACAGCCAGCAUCUUCUACCAUACGGACAUGAUGGUCCUGAUAGACAUCCUGGUGCGGCAGAUUGCUGAUCUCUCUCCAGGAGACAAGCUGAGGAUGGAGUAUCUCUCUCUGAUGCACGCCAUCAUCCGCUCCACGCCCUAUCUGCAGCACCAGCAUCGCCUCUCUGACCUGCAGGGCAUCUUGCAGCGCAUCCUGGGUGAGGAGGAGGAGGGACAGCAGUGCCAGAUGGACAAACUGAUCAUCUUGGAGAUUUAUAAGGAGUUCCCAGAAAUCUCUCCAAGUACCAGCUAA